CCUUUGGAACCAACAAAUGACUGAUCAUAUCAAAGUUAGAACAGUUUUGGAUGGUAUUGUCAAGGUACCAAAAUCCACUACUCUACAAACCAUCACCGAUCUCAAGAAGGGAAUUUACAAUUUACGAGGAUGGGAAGCAUCCACACAACAUUUGUAUCAGAAUGGUACGGAGUUGAAGGAUGAUCAAACUCUUUCCGAUUCACUUCUUUCCAAAGGCUUUGUAUUAUUAAUUCCAAUUAAUCAUCAACAGAGAAGAUAUAAGAGUAAGAUAGAGAUUGAAUCGGAGGCUCAACAAUCAACAGCUAGUAGUGGUUCUAAUUUAUUGCCAACAACUCCAACAUCAUCAGGAUCAACCGGAUCAGUCUCUGAUCAAUUGGCACAAAUUAUGCAUGAAUUUACAUCAACUCAUCCUUCAGGAAAUACCACUACAACCACUGCAACAAGACCACCAACACAACCUGUACAAAAUACUACACAACAACCAAGAACAACUGCACCACCAACGACAACUCAACCACCAAGACCAACCCAACCAAGUAUUAGUGAUAUUCAAAGACAAUUAUUAAUUGAUAAUUUCCCUGUAGAUGAUGGUUUGGUAGGCAUGGUUAUGGAGUUGGGUUUUUCAAAGAGAAUUGCAAAGAAGGCUCUCAUUCUUCAUAAUCUCGACCCAGAAGCUGCAGUGGAAUGGAUAUUUUCAAACGUUGAUAAUCCAUACAUAUUGGAAACAGAAUUUGAUUUACUCAAAGGAAACACACUUUCACAUGUGUAUCCACCCGAACGAAGAACUAUUCUAAACACUUUCACAUCUCAUUUGGGAGAUUAUUGUCUUCCGGAUGGUGCUCACUAUUUUGAAGAGGAUGCUACCUAUCUGGUAAUUCCUUCAAAUGUUGUGAGUUCUUCUCUGUAUAGUUAUUUGAAAUCGGGUGCUUCUUCUAACAAUGUUUCUAGUGUUUCGAAUAGUGAGAAUAGUUCAGUUGUUAAUAAUACACAACAAGUAAUGGAAUUUAUUGAACCCUAUGUGGAUAAACCAAUGUAUGCUCAUUGUUUAUUUAGAAAUAAGAAGGAUGAACGUGUCAAGAGAGGCGCCAUUCAAAAGUCAAUUAUUUUAUUUUCAUCAAAACCAUUAUUUACUGUUUAUGAGAAUUUAUUGAGAUUGGCAUUGAAUAGAAUUUUGGAUUUGGAUAAUAUUCACUUACAGGUUAAUGCUACAGCUACUAAGAAACAACCAGGUGAAGAAUUAAACGAAACGGAUUUAAAUCUUUUGAAUCAAGUUCAUGAUCAGAUUAAUGAUACUUUGAAAGAGUUUUAUAACGAGUGCAGAAAUUGUAACAUGUUACAAUUGAAAUUAUUCCCAAAUACUGAUACUAUUACUUUGAAUAUUCCACGUCAGAUUGAUCCAUUCACACCAAUUGCAUUUACACAUGGAACUUCUCUUGUACAAUUAGUUCAAUAUUUUGGAUUGGAAACAAUGCUUGUUUGUUGGAAUGCUCUAUUAUUGGAUAAGAGAAUUAUGGUAAUUGGUUCACCUGCCAAGUUGGUUUCACAGAUCUGUCUCACUCUUCCUCUCUUGAUUUAUCCAUUCCAAUAUAAUGUCAAUCGUGUACAUCCAUAUGUGCCACUCUCAGAGAUGGAUGAUGUGUUAUCUGCAACUUCUAAAAUUCCAGAAUAUAUCAUUGGUACGACGAAUGCUCUCUUUGAAACUCAAGGAAAAAAUCAGAGAACUCAAUGGUGGGAUGUUUGUUUGAGUGUCAAUUCUAGAAAAGUUCAACUUGCUGAAAAGAUGCCACCUCAUUUCGGUGGCUCUGAUUUGGCAUUCCUCAAUACAAAUGAUAGCGAAGACGUUCAAAUUGAAAAGCUCAAUGCCUAUCAGAAAGUAUUCAUGUUAAAUGUCAUUAGUGGAGUGAGAGAUGGAAAGAGUGAACAAUGGGUUCGUGAUCAGUUCAAAACUCACAAUCUCAAGUUUAUUACCGAAUUAUUGACAAAGGGAAAGCUUACUGAUAUAGUUGAGAAUGUUCCGUCUGAUGUAGGUGUCGAUCCACAAAAACAACAAGUGGCUUUGAAGAAUAUUUCAGGAGGUCAAUUGAAAAAGAUUCAAAGACAGUUCAUUGCUGAAUCCUCCAAGUUUAGAACCUAUGCUUUCAAACAAUAUUCAACAUUUAGAAGUUCACACUGUAGUGGAGAUAAGAGUGAUGACAAACAAUCGGAAUCUGUUCUCCAAUUAUUGCAAUAUUUACAGGACGAUAGGAUUAUCAAGAAGCAAAAGCUUAAAUACUUGUUUGAUUUGGAUAAGAUGUUGUGUAAUGUUGAUCAAAUUGACUUGUUAUUGUCAGUUAGUGAUAAUUCAAGUAUUUUUACAACUAUUAAGAAUAACAAGUGGUUAAUUGAUGAUAAUAAUCAGUGGAGAAAGUACAGUGCCAGUAUUUUAUCCCAAUUGGCAAUUAGUGUUAAAGGUCAAAUUCAAUUAUUGUCUCUUCUUCCAUCUAUCAAACUCUUGACCGAAGAUUCAAUGCCAAAUGUCAAGAGAAUUGGUUAUUACUGUAUUAUGAAGGUUAGCAACUUGUACAUUGGUACAUAUGCCAUCUUGAGAAACCACCACGACAUUAUUGAAAAGAUUCUUGAUAACAUUUUGAAUGAGAGUGUGACAGAUGCCAAUUUUUAUGAAAUUAGAAUGUACAGCAUUCAAACCUUGUUACAAAUUUGUCACUAUUUUGAUUAUUUCAAACAGAGUAUUAAUGUUAUCAUGACAGAUAAGGUCAAUAAUAAUAUGAUUGAAGAUGACGAUGCCUACGCCAAGAUUGUCAGUGUUUCCGUUGAUAAUUCCAUGAUUUCUUCAAUUGUUGAAAAAUUGGAAGGAUUUAAAACUAAAAUUGCUGGCAGUUUCUCCUACAGUAGUAUUUCCAAUAACAGUGUAGCAAAAAGAAGUUUGAACGAUUACAAAUUCAUUGACAAGUUACUGAUUCUCUACGAUUACUAUGAACUCUAUAAUAAUUACCACAUUCUCACUGAGAGUGCUCUCAAGUACAAUAUGAAUGUCUUUUAUUAUUUGAGAAAUUUUGACAAUUCUCAGGCAAAUUCAUCCUUCACUGAAAUGUAUCAUCACAUCUCAUCUAUCAUUAUGAAUAUUAAGAAUGAUUUGAAGAAGAGUAGUUCAGUUCAACAAUCAGAGGGCGAAGAUUCCAGUGAUCCUCAAACACACAUCAAUGAAUUCCAUCAUCACCACAUGAGUGUUUACUUGUUAGCUCUCUUACAAAGCACCAAUUUGAUCAAUAUCAUUUUCAAUGAAUUUAUUUUGAACGUGAAUCAUAUCAAAACUUACAAGAAUUACAAAAUGCUCUACAUGGUCAUGCAAUUAUUGUACUAUGUCAUUGAUACCAAUGUUGGAAUGUACUAUUUAUUAAUUUCCAAUUAUAUUGAAUAUUGCUUGACAUUUAUCAAGUACUUUUCCAUUUUGAAGAACAAUGAUCCAGAGGAAAGCAGUGAGGGCAAUUUGAAUUUCAGACUUUUCAAAUGUUAUUCCUUUAUCAUGUUCCUCAAAAGACUUUGCAAGUAUAAGAAGGCAGCGUGUAGACUCAUUGAAUCUAAUGCUCUUCAUAUUUUAGGUCAAUUCAUCAUUACUCAUUAUUACAAUCCAUUAUUAUCCAAUUUGACCUAUGCAGCCAUUGAUGUAUUCCAAGAUCUUUCUGUAUUUUACUUUACACACUAUUCCAAUCCAUUGGAUUCUCAAUGUGUAACCCAAUAUUUCAUUGAAGAGGAUUCCACCAAUAGCAGUGGCAACCAAGACGAGGAAGAAUUCUUUAAAAAUCCACUCUAUGAGAGAAAUUCCACAUUGUACUUUAAGAAGAGAAUUAAGGAUCGUCUGGAAAUUCUGCCAGAACUCAGAAAGAAACAUUUAUUCAAUUCUCUCUACAAAAUUGCCUCAGCAACCUCAAAAACUGAAGAUUUUGAAAAGAAUUUCCAACACGAAGCCAUGUUAGAAAGCUCAAACUUCAAAUACCAUUAUCAUUUACAAAAACCAAGUGAGAAAUCUCCGAGAGUUCUUUCAAGACUUUCCAAAUUUAAACAAAAAUUUACAGUGCAAACUAGUGAAAAUGAUGGAGAUGAUCAUUUUGAGAUGAAUGUUUUGGAUCAGAAAUUGAGACAGUGUGUUCAUAUUUUGAAUACUUUUAUUUUCAAUUCAGAUAAUGAAAUGAAACUUUCUUCUGAGGAAUAA